AUGGAAGUAGGCAAUCUUCAUAAGCUUGAGGAAUUAGACUUGUCACAUAACAAGUUGAACGGAUCAAUUCCAAAAGCAAUUGGUGGCUUAUUAGAUCUUCAAUAUUUGAAUCUUGAAGGCAAUGAGCUACAUGGCCUAAUCAUUGAUGAGAUUUGUGAAAUCACAAAGCUUGCCUACUUAUGUUUAAGUAGAAACAAGUUUUCUGGAGGAAUGCCCCCUUGUUUAGCAAACAAUACCUCUUUGCGAGACCUUUACUGGGACUCUAAUAAAUUAAUUUUAGAAAUACCCCCUUCCUUUUGGAAUUUGAAGGAUAUAUUGAGGGUAAACUUAUCUUCCAAUAUUUUAGUUGGAAAUGUAUCAUUAAGGAUUGGAAACUUAAAUGCUCUUGUAUUAUUGGAUUUGUCAAGAAAUCAUAUUUCAGGCUUUAUUCCAACUACUCUAGGUGGCCUGAAUAAUUUGCAAGAUCUAUCCCUAGCACAUAACAAUUUGCAAGGAAAUAUUCCUGAAUCAUUCGGAAAUAUGUUGAGCUUAGUAAAAUUGAACCUUUCUGAGAAUAAUUUGUCUGGGAAGAUUCCUAAAUCUCUUGAGUUACUUAUUAUUCUUAAGUAUGUCAAUCUCUCUUAUAACAAACUCCAAGGAGAGAUUCCAAGUGGAGGAGUUUUUAAAAAUUUGACUCCUAAAACUUUUAUGAUGAAUCAAGCUCUUUGUGGCAUUAUCCUUUUAAGGCAUAAACGACAACAAAAUUCAUGGGGUCUAGUUAAAAGGGAUUUAUCAAUUUUAGGAGUGCGCAAAAGGAUUUCUCAUUUUGAAAUCCAAGAAGCAACCAAUGGAUUUGAUGAGAGUAACAUACUUGGAAGGGGUAGUUAUGGUUCUGUGUUUAAAGGAAAACUUUCUAGUGCAUUGAUCGUUGCAGUUAAGAUCUUUAAAUUUGAUUCACAUGUAAUGUUAAGGAGCUUUGAAAAAGAAUGUGACAUAUUGUGUAAUGCACACCAUCACAAUUUGGUGAAGGUUAUAAGCUGUUGUUCCAAUGUUGAUUUCAAAUCUCUGGUGACGGAAUUCAUGCCCAAUGGGAGCCUUAAAAAAUGGUUAUAUUCUCACAACUAUUUUUUAGGUUUUCUUCAAAGGUUGAACAUAAUGAUAAAUGUAGUAACUACUUUGGAAUAUCUCCAUCAUGCCUUGUUAACACCAAUUGUUCAUUGUGAUUUGAAGCCGAGCAACAUUUUAUUGGAUGAUGAACUGGUUGCUCAUGUUAGUGACUUUGGAAUUUCUGAACUUUUAGGUAAAGAGGAAUCUAAGACAAACACAGAGACAGUACCUACUAUUGGCUAUGUGGCACCUGAGUAUGGAUCUUUUGGAGUUGUUUCAACAAAAGUAGAUGUGUAUAGUUAUGGAAUUAUGCUAUUAGAGGUGUUUACAAGAAAAAGGCCCACGGAAGAUAUGUUUGUUGAAGGAUUGAACUUGAAGAGCUGGGUAAGUGAGUCAAUGCCACAUGCAAUAAUUCAAGUCAUGGAUUCCAAUUUAUUAGAAGGAGAUCAACAUCAUAUAAAAAAUAUAUUGACAUCUACAACUUUUGUUCUUGAAUUGGCCUUGAAUUGUUGCACCAAUCUUCCAAAAGCAUGUGGCAAUAUGAUUGAUGUUGUAGUAUCAUUAAACAAGAUGAAGGGCAUGUUUUUGCGUAGACAAGCAGCAUAA